AAUUUCAACAAAUCAGUCAUAAUCGAGUGACUACUUUAACAAGCUGUGUGUACCAAAGACAAAACAAAUUUCACCGAUUCCUAAUAAUUCGGUUUUGGGUGAAUUCAUCAAGGAGAGUGUUUGUACAGGGUGUUUAAAAAGUAGUUGUGAUAAAUUGAAAACAAAAUGUUUGCCAGACCAUUGCAACGUCCAAGCGGCAAAGGAGCCCCACAACAAGAUCGCGAAGCACCUCAUCAAUAUACGAUAUCCGAUCAUGGCUAUGGUAAAGACGCUGUCAAAGUGUUACAUGUUAAGAGGGAUGGACCAGUGCAUUCGAUAAAGGAAUUUGAAGUGGGUACACAUUUGAAAUUGUACAGCAAAAAGGAUUAUUUCCAUGGUGAUAAUUCCGAUAUUGUUGCUACCGAUUCGCAAAAGAAUACAGUCUACCUUUUGGCCAAGAAGUUUGGUAUUGAAAAUCCCGAAAAGUUUGGUUUAACCUUAGCCUCACAUUUCCUCAACAAAUACGCACACGUUGAAGAAGUUCACAUUCAUGUAGAAGAAUAUCCCUGGCAAAGAAUCUGUCAAGAUCAAGUUGGUGGUACAACUGGAGCCUGUGGUGAAGCCCCGAACUUUUCUACAUUCAACAAUAGACAAAAACACAAUCAUGCCUUUAUCUUUACACCCACAGAAGUGCGUUACUGUGAUGUAGUCUUAAGAAGAACCGAACCUAAACAAACCGUUAUUAGCGGCAUUAGAGGUUUACGCGUCUUAAAGACCACACAGUCUUCAUUCGUUAACUUUGUCAACGAUGAAUUCCGUUCGUUGCCCGAUCAAUAUGAUCGUAUUUUUAGUACCAUUGUUGAUUGCUCAUGGGAGUAUUCACGCACCAAUAAUGUGAAAUUCUGUCAGGAUUGGAAUACCGUUAAGAAUAUAAUCAUAAAGAAAUUUGCUGGUGAUCCAAAUGUUGGCACUUCCUCACCUUCCGUCCAGAAUACUUUAUAUCUAACAGAAAAGGAAGUACUCGACGCUUUGCCCGAAAUCUCAGUUAUUUCGAUGACUAUGCCCAACAAGCAUUAUUUCAAUUUCGAUACAAAACCUUUCCAGAGUGUAGUGCCUGGUGAGAAUAAUGAAGUCUUUAUACCAGUCGAUAAACCACAUGGCACUAUUUAUGCUCAAUUGGCACGUAAAGAUUUGGUCAGUCAUUUGUAAAGAACAAUGGUUUUGGUUUUUCUUUUAAUUUUUUAGUGAUUUUUUCUUUUUUUUUGUAAAAAUUCCAUUAAGUUCUUAAACAAACAUACAUAUAUUUUAAAUAUAC